CGUCCUGACCGAGAGGUCGCAUGGGCACGAAUCUCCACAUGCGCCAGCCAUGGAACCGGAUCUUGCAUAAACAAGCGGCACACCAACCAGGCAGUCGGCCGGGCCCAAUAGUCCAAGGCCCACAUAUCUCGCGCCUGGGAAGAGGCAAAGUCCUUGCUGGGAAUACACAUGCCUGAGAGUCAACCACACGCCCACGUGCUCACUUACGGUCGAGCCUCAGAUACCCUUAAGAAGGGCAGAUCCAGCCCGAUAUUGAAACCAAGCUCUCUCUUGUCCACCACCAGCAGACAAGCCCGCCGCUCAACCGUGAGUCUUUCGAACCCCUGAAGGGAUAGGACGAAAGCAACCAAACCGCAAAGAUGCAGCUGCACCAGUACGACUAUCUGAUGGCCAUUGGCACCAUCUUCGCAUUCCUGGAUGCGUGGAACAUUGGUGCCAAUGAUGUUGCCAACUCGUGGGCCACAUCAGUCGGUUCCCGAUCCGUCACCUACCUCCAGGCCAUGGGCCUCGCCUCCAUCAUGGAGUUCUGCGGCGCCUUGGGUGUGGGAGCCCGCGUUGCCGACACCAUCCGCACCAAGGUUGUCAAGGUCGAUGAGUUCAAGAGUAACCCGUCUCUUCUCAUGCUCGGCAUGGUCUGCGCCGUCAUUGCCUCGUCCACUUACCUCACCAUUUGUACUCGAAUCGGUCUGCCCGUCUCAACCACCCACUCCAUCAUGGGCGGCGUCAUCGGCAUGGGCAUUGCCGCCCUCGGCAAAGAUGGUAUCACCUGGGUCCCGAAAGCCGGCGGCACCGAUCUCAUCAACGGCGGUGUCAUCCAGGUCUUCCUGGCCUGGAUUAUCGCCCCUGGCUUGUCGGGAAUCUUUGCCGCCAUCAUCUUCCUGAUUACCAAGUACGGCGUCAUGCUUCGCAAGAACCCCGUCUGGAAGGCCUUCUUCAUGGUGCCGCUAUACUUUGGCCUUACCGCCGGCCUUCUUGCCAUGCUUCUCAUCUGGAAGGGAGCGAGCACCAGGAUCAAUCUCACGGAUGCCCAGAUUGCCGGAUGCAUCGUCGGUGUCGCUUUCGGUUGGGCUCUCAUCAUUGCCACCUUCCUCAUGCCGUGGCUCUACCGCGUCGUCAUCAAGGAGGAUUGGCAGCUCCGCUGGUGGCACAUUCCCCUCGGUCCCCUGCUGCUCCGCCGCGGCGAGGUUCCCGACCCCCCCGAGGGUGCCGAAGACCCGAUCCGCGACUUCUACGAGGGCCACUUGACCAAGGAGGAGCUUGACGCCCGCCGUGCUCGUGAGGCCGGAUCCGUUGUCGGGGGCGAGCCCAAGACGGAGGGCAAGACCGCGUCGGACGGCAUCAUCUCCGCCAACGGCUCCGACACGGACCGCGAGGAGACCGAGCCUCCCAAGAGGAAGGGCCUUAUCGGCCCCAAGCCCGAGGGCAAGCUCCUCAGCGGCGCUGUCAUCUUCUGGUACUUCAAGUGGGCCUUCCUCCGCGGCGUCGAUGUCGACGUCGUCAACAUGCAGAAGCGCAAGGAUCUUCUAUCGGGUGAUGUCGAGGAGCUCCACGCCCACGCCGCCCACUACAACAACAGGGCCGAGUUCAUGUACAGCUUCCUCCAGGUCAUGACCGCUGCCACCGCAUCCUUCACCCACGGCGCCAACGACAUCUCCAACGCAAUCGGUCCCUAUGCUACCAUCUUCGAGAUCUGGAACACCGGCGUGCUCCCCCAGAACGGGAAGUCCGACGUUCCCACCUGGAUUUUGGCCUUUGGUGGUGUCGCUCUCGUCAUUGGUCUGUGGACUUAUGGUUACAACAUCAUGAAGAACUUGGGUAACCGUAUCACUCUCCACUCCCCAUCUCGUGGUUUCUCCAUGGAGCUGGGUAGUGCCAUCACCAUCAUCAUCGCUACGCGUCUGAAGCUCCCCGUCUCCACCACCCAGUGCAUCACUGGUGCCACCGUCGGCGUCGGUCUCUGCUCGGGCACCUGGAGGACCAUCAACUGGCGUAUGGUUUCCUGGAUCUACAUGGGCUGGAUCUUCACCCUCCCCAUCUCCGGCAUCAUCUCCGGCUGCUUGAUGGGCUUCAUCAUCAAUGCUCCUCGCUGGGGUCUUACCAACUAGUGUUUCGUGGGAGGGAGAAGGGUUUAGUGGCUUCAUAGAUGGGGAGAAUCGGGCACGUCUACACUGCAUGGGGAGCUUCAUAUUCACACCUUCAAUUAUUUAAAUACCCCUUACUAGUUUACUUGUCAUUAUUAUAUUAUAGACUGCCAACGAA